UUUCUCAACCCAGCCCAUCAAAAGUAACUCCAACCCUAACCUUCCUUCCCUUAUAUAUUCUUCUCACUUCUCACAAACCCCCCUUUCAUCGUCUUCCCCGUAACCCUAGCCGCAGUCGCUUCCACAGGAUCUUCGCAGCCAAUUCAUUCUCCAAGCCAUGGCGGACGUUGAAGGUGAUGUUGCGACAGGACAGCCAAAGAAGAGAACGUUUAAGAAGUUCAGUUACAGAGGAGUGGAUCUCGAUGCUCUUCUUGAUAUGUCUACUGAUGAGCUUGUUAAGCUCUUCCCUGCUCGUCCUCGUAGAAGGUUCCAGAGGGGUUUAAAGAGGAAGCCUAUGGCUUUGAUCAAGAAGCUGCGCAAGGCGAAACGUGAGGCCCCACCAGGUGAGAAGCCCGAGGUUGUGAGAACACAUUUGAGGAACAUGGUCAUCGUACCUGAGAUGAUUGGAAGCGUUAUUGGAAUCUACAAUGGAAAAACAUUCAACCAAAUUGAGGUCAAGCCUGAAAUGAUUAGUCACUACUUAGCUGAGUUCUCCAUCUCAUACAAGCCUGUCAAGCACGGUAGGCCCGGUAUUGGUGCUACUCACUCAUCAAGGUUUAUUCCAUUGAAGUGAUCUAGGCAGAGCUUGUUGUUUUGUUUUUUUAGUAAUGCUGGUACUUUCUUUUUCUGCAAUUUUGAAGAGAACAGUGGAUGCUGAAUGGUGUGAUCAGUUAGAGACUAGUAAUUUGCUGAUACAUUGCAACAUUUCAGUUAUUGUGCUUAUAUAGAGCUUUAUUCUAUUUUGAUUUUUAA